AUACAAAUCGGUACAUUAUAUCUGUUUAAGAGACUGAACGUGAUGAAAAAUGCAUUUUAUAAUGUAGUACAUAAUGGAUUUAAUAUUGAGCUUUAUCAAUAAGUAGAUUUUUAUGUCUGGGGGUGUACUCUUAUAUCUUAAACAUUAGGUUAACCUUGAUCCAUUCACCUGAGCAGGGCAUCCAUAGCAAAGGACAUCAGCAAAACAAUAGCAUUUCAUCCAGAAGGAUGUGACAGGUUGCUGCCUACUGAAUAGAGGGCAAUCAAUAAAGGUGUAGAAAUCAACAGUACUUCAGGCUCCACGUUUUCGUAGGAAGAUCAUUGGUAGCACCAAAGUCCCAUAUGAAGGUAUAUAAGGUGCUUUGAUGUUAUCUGUCUCUCAAUCAACCCUUGGUCAGACAGCAAACGAGGAAGUGAGAAUCUUUCAACCUUCUGCAAAGUCUUGAGACACAAAAAGGAAGAGAGGAUAAGUCAGAGGGUUUCAAUAUUAUUCAAAGUCUUUAACCCAGAAAAAAAAGAGCAGAAAAAGAGAGAUAGACAGGAAAAAGGGAGAGGAGAAUUUCAUAGAGAGAAAGUCUUAGCCUAGGAGGACUGUAAGUCAUGUGCUGAAAAACAAGAAAAGAAGGAUAUUUUUAACUUUGAACUAUCAAAACAUGUUAUGGGAUAUGUUCCAUGUGGAAGAUUAUGAAACAGAGGUCUAAUGAUGUAAGACAAACACAGAGAAUACAGUGAACAAGUUUUUAGUAGUGUUUUCAACCUCAGGUGCUGAAUUUUUAGAAACUGUUGAUUCCUGAAAACACGUGAGGAUUCCACAUGUCAGGUGUACCAGUCACUUAUCUUAUCUGAAGUCUUUACUAACAUUUUUGGUUGGCAGCCUGUGAAAGCAUAAACCAUCGAAAAGAUACCUGGGAAUAAAUCUGUGUGCUAUCUUUAUUUGUGGGGAGAUCUGUUCCGACAAUUAUUGUUGCAUCAAGUGAUACCAACUGCAGUGGAUAUUCCAGAUCAAAUUUCCUACAAAAGGGACUAUUGUUUGUAAAAUGUACUAGACGUAACAGCAAUUUGAGAAGAGAAAAGGCUUUAACACGAAUGUGCCCUCGCAGAGUGCAACAAAAGGUUCACAUUACUGGUUUUUAUAUCCGUGGCAUAUCCUGUUGCCAAAUUGCCAAGUUUUAUGGUGAUGAUAGGGUCUGUUACACCCAGUUACAAAUCGUCCACCUGAGACUUGGAAACAGAUAGAUCUACCACCUGAGACGUCCAGACACCUGGGACUUAAUUGCUAUCAGGCACUAACAGAGCUACCAGGCAUUGCUGUGUAAUCCUUGUGGACAGCAGGUGCUUUCAAGUAUACGGGUCAGAUAUAGGUCAGUUUUGACAGGCAGUUCCAAAUCACCCUGACCUAAAAUCCAAAUAGUAAAAAAAAACUAUUGCGACCUUUUGGAGAUAAGUAGCCAAAACAUAUCCUGCGUGUAACUUCUUCCUGUGUUUUAAUCAAGGAGCUGGUGAUUAUAAACUCUAGAAAGACAACCUGUGGAGUGUUCAACACUCUACUUGCUGUUGUUGAAGUGCACCAUAUAUACCUGCCAGACACUUGAGUAGUGGCAAGUCCAAUUUUCUGGGUCAAAGGUGGGGAAGAGUUCUGGACUACUACAGGUCAGCUGGGAAGGGGCAGUUCCAAUUCGGAAUUUUCUUCACACCAGCAACCGAGUUGAGAAACUGAGGGAUCGGUGCUUAAGAGACAGAUCACAGGUGGUCUCAGUGGAUAAUUCAAUCAAAUCCAUGCGAAUUUCCAAUAAAUAUUCACUCUAUUUUGGAUAAUUACUGCUUAAUCCGCUGCAGAAGCCAAGGCCAGUCACACCGUUGGGAGCAAACUGGGUUCACCUGGCUUGGAGAGUGUUCAUAUUGUCGGGCUGUGUAUCCAGUGUGGAAAUACAGAAAUGCAUUAUAAAUUGAAUCAGAAUGCCUCCAGGGCCUUAGAAAACUUAAGCACAUCCUAAGAGAUAGAUACUGUGAACUUUUCCGCUCUGUUGGGAGAUGAAGAUGCUGUUGAAAUUUUUUUCUUUGUAGCAUAUUAUACUGCCAACAGCAAAGAGUAAGUCACUUUUCUUUGAAAUAUCUCAUAGUAAAAGGUAGAGGACAGGCUGCCUUAUGCAAAACUUCUAGAGUUUUCUACAUGAAGAAAAAUCACUGGGAAUGGCAUUCUAGAUGAGAACCAUGUGUCUACAAAUUAGUAGUGAGGCUUCACAGUCAGGAUUCUCUAUUGCAAAAUCAAGCUGAGUCUUUUAACCAGAGAAUACACAAUUUUCUUGCACAAACAUACCAAGGAGGCAGAGUUAUGGACCCAAUGUAAGCAAAAAGAAGAAAAAAAAAUAGUAGCAACGAAAGGAUCCUCUGUGUGUAUUAAUAAUGUGAAAACAGCAGGCAGUUAUGUGACUGGGAAAAAUAAAGCUCAGCAUUUAAUACACUACACCUGUACCUGAACUGUGUAUUUGUGAACAACGGCAAGGCUGUAUGGAAUCUACUUGGAUUAACUCGCUUUAUCCAAGGAUUAUUGAUAAACAAUCUAAGUGAUCUUCAGGAAGACUUGCCACUGUCCUAGGAGAUAUAUCAGAGAGAGUUUAAAACUGGAUUCUUUAAAGCAGCUUUUUAGUGACUGUAUGUUAAGUUCUGUGCUACACUCAAAAAUUAAUAUUGUGACAUGACUGGACAUGGAUUGCGGUAGAGGAGACGACUGUUUGUUUUGAUUGUGUUCAGUUGUGAUCUGGAGCUCAACUUGCUGCCACAGAGGAGAUCUUAAAACUUAGAGUGAUCUUAAGAGAAAAAGGUGGAAGAAUAUCUGAAAAUAUGUGAACAUUUGAUUAUAUGAAUCAAAUCUUAUACCACAGAGUAUAUAAAACUCAUAUUAUGGACACAACUUGUACUUCUGAUUCAAUAUUAUCAUUGUCUAGACUGAGCUGAGUUUGUAUUCAUAAGAAACUGUCUCUGAUAAACCAAAAUGUCUGUCGAUAUGUUGAAUUACACAGCAUAUGGCGACUUUGUCUCUGAAAAGGAAAGCAACAUAUCUUUUGGUACAACGAUGUGGGACGAAAUUGUUUGGAACAAGACCGAAAAUGAAGGCAAUUCAUCAGCAUCUGAUACCAUCGACAUCAACCAGGACCCUACGCUACUCAUGGUCCGAUUCAUAGUCUGUGAAAUAUUUGUGCCGAUUGUUGUAACAUUCGGCGUCAUCGGCAACGUGCUGAACAUCAUAGUUCUCAGCAGAAAAUGGAUGAAAUCUUCCACCAAUUACUACCUUUUAGCACUUGCAUCAUGUGACAGUUUAUAUCUCAUCUUGGCGCUUACAAUCACGAUGAAAAAUUGGCAAGAGUUACCGAUAGCCGACAUGAGGACAUACUGGCGAGCUAUGGCCUGGAUUCGGCCACUCACAGAUAUUUUUAGUAAUGCCAGUGUAUGGCUUACUGUAACAUUCACUGUGGAACGCUAUAUAGGAAUUAGGCAUCCAAUGAAAGGAAAGCGAUGGUGUACACCUCAGAGGGCCAGAUGGAUUAUAUUAUGCGUGUUUAUAUUUGUCACUAUCAUCACACUGCCGGAAUUUUGGGAGUACGAGAAAAACCCAACACGGAUAUAUCAGGGAACAGCUUUACAGAAUACUGAUGGAUACAGCGUAUAUUACAUCUGGUUCAAUCAGAUAUCGUGCGUGAUCCUUCCUCUUAGUUUACUCAUCAUAUUCAACACGUUAUUAAUACGCUGCGUGUGGAAAGCAAACAAAAUGCGGAAGGAGCUCUCAGGGGGCAGUCAGAGGGAGGAGAAGCAACAUUCAGAACAGCAGCGUAUAACUGUGAUGUUGAUAACAGUGGUUAUAGUGUUUUUAGUGUGCCAACUUCCCAGUGCCAUUUCAUACCUCGUCUCCAGCUUUAUAGAAAACACCCCCAGAGUUAUACUAAACAGAAAGAUAUUUGGGAAUUUCAGUAACUUGUUAGUGGAAAUUAAUGCUGCGUUGAAUUUUGUCUUGUACAAUUUUUUUAGUGCCCGUUUCAGAAAAACUGUGAAGCGGAUGUUCUGUAUGUUGAAAAAGCCGCAGCGGGAGGAGUCCAUGUUUCUUACAGACUCGAAUAAUAAGAAACACCGCACUGAGGCAGGGAGGACGGGUGCCACGUAUAUUGCACGUUCGAGAUCGAAGACGCCUAGCCCAACAAGGGGGCCAUAUCGUAAUGGAAAGAAUGGACAUACGCACGUUAAUAAAAAUAAUAAUGGCUACCUGCCUGUCAACAGGUGUGAAGUGCCACCUGGUGAGCGAGAGAUUGUAGGAAAUUACCUCACUGUGGUAUAGCAAAUAGACCAACAUAUCUGUUAUCUUGCUUAUUUCCUGUUUGUGAUUUUUUUCAUUUUUGCAUUAGUGUAAAAACCUGUUGAAGUUUGGCUUCAUAUCUAAUAUUUAGUACAACAGUGGUACUUUAAAGGUCUUUUUUGGUGAUAAUACAAUUUGUGUCUCAGUUGCUUUGAAGAUGUACCAAAUCAUUCAAAUAUGUCUCCAUUUAUGAUCUCCCAGGAUGUAUAAUUGUUACAAUUAUACAUUCAGUAUAUAUCUAAGGCCAUUUUCACAUAGAGAACUACAGUUUUCUGCUUCACUCCAGUUUGAGGUUCUUCUCUUUUUGAGGGCACUCGGAACAAGUUGAUCUGAAAACUAACAGAUACGGGGAUCAAAUAUGGUCAACCCACAUAAAAGCAUAUCCAACUAAUCCACUAAUGGUCUUCUUGCCUCUGUACACGCCAUCAAACAUAUUAAUUCAUGGCUUCGAGGGUUAAUUGCUAGAUGUCACAUGUUGGGGCGGGGAGACCAUCAGAUUAGUUCAUUUUGCUUUAAUAUGUUUUGGCCAUAUUUAUUCAUGGAUCUGUUACACCCCAUUUCCAGAGAUUAGAUCGACCUACUUUAGAUCGACCUAACUCCCUGGGGGUUCACGCUAAA